UGGAAUCAAUGUGUAAAAAGGGGGCCUCGCAGUUGCAUACAUUGUGCGAUGCGAAAGGUUGGCGAGCUAUUAACGUUGUCAAUUUAAUGCUGAGAAUAUUCACCUGGACAUUCAAUCAACAUUACGUUGAAGACUCAUCGCCUCUGAAAGGCGUAUGAGACACUCGCUCCGGUAACCUGCAGAAAGCUCCCACCAAAUCGGAUGAGACCGCCUGCAUAGCCGCUAGUCAUUAGGCGGCAACAGGGCUAUAUAAGACGUAGGCGAGGGAUGCAAGAUUGGAUGUGCAGACUGACAUCGUUCCUGUGAUACCCCCAUGCUGGAGAAUUGCGUAACCGAGCGGGUGCUGCAGGUCUUCCGUCCCCACUCUGCCUUAGUGUCCGGAACAACCAUAUGGCUGUCAUCAUCUAGAAACGUCAGUGACUCAAAAGUGAAAUUGCCAUGGAAUCGGGUACCGAGCACGAUGGAUUUAAAUAUCCAUCUGUUCCCAAUUCACAAUGUGAUCUCAACAUAAAUAUUUAUGAGACCAUCAGCGACAGAAACGUCAAUAAUAUGGGCACUUCGACAGUCGUGCGAGGUGGGAGCGACCCAAGUUCGUAUCCUCCAUCGAAUUAUCAGCUGAUCGUACGUCAAAGAUUCAUCAGGAGAAGUUUGUGGUUCUCGGACUCGGAUGAACAGGCUUUUGAGGUGCCAGAAUGUGACAACAGCAGUAAAAUCGUCAACAUAAACCUGCGCACGAUAGUUGACAGAACACAGGGGGCUUGGUCGGGGCCACAGGAGGGCUCCAGCACCGAGAGUCAAGGGGGGCAGAAAGACAGCGCCACAGAGAGUGCCAGUGCUGAUGAGAAGGAGAAAGCUGGGGAUGCAUUGAACGUUGCAUCCACCGACAGCAGUAAAAAUGCUAUCAGAACUGCCAGCGACGAGAACGAGGAAGAGGCCGAAAUGAAAGCUGUUUCCACAUCCCCUGGGGGACGGUUUCUCAAGUUUGAUAUUGAGCUCGGGAGAGGGUCCUUCAAGACUGUCUAUAAAGGUCUGGAUACCGACACUUGGGUGGAAGUUGCCUGGUGUGAACUUCAGGACCGUAAGCUGACCAAAGUAGAGCGUCAGCGGUUUAAGGAGGAGGCAGAGAUGCUGAAGGGGCUGCAGCACCCCAACAUCCUCCGCUUCUACGACUUUUGGGAGUCACCCCUCAAAGGGAAGAAGUGCAUCGUCCUGGUAACAGAGCUCAUGACCUCAGGCACGCUCAAAACGUAUCUGAAGCGCUUCAAGGUAAUGAAGCCCAAGGUUCUGAGGAGCUGGUGUAGGCAGAUCCUGAAGGGUCUUCACUUCCUCCACACCAGGGCCACUCCCAUCAUCCACAGAGACCUGAAGUGUGACAACAUCUUCAUCACGGGCCCCACCGGCUCCGUCAAGAUAGGAGACCUGGGGUUGGCCACGCUCAAGAGGGCCUCCUUCGCCAAGAGUGUCAUAGGCACCCCAGAGUUCAUGGCCCCAGAGAUGUAUGAGGAGCACUAUGAUGAGUCAGUGGAUGUCUAUGCCUUUGGGAUGUGCAUGUUGGAGAUGGCCACCUCAGAGUACCCGUACUCGGAGUGCCAGAACGCUGCACAGAUCUACCGCAAAGUCACCAGCGGGGUGAAGCCUGCCAGCUACAACAAGGUUGUGGAUCCUGAAAUCAAGGAGAUUAUUGGCGAGUGCAUCUGCCAGAAGAAAGAGGAGCGGUACUCCAUAAAGGACCUGCUGAACCACGCCUUCUUUGCAGAGGACACAGGGGUGCGGGUGGAGCUGGCUGAGGAGGAUGAUGGGAAGAAGGCGGCCAUCGCCCUGAAGCUGUGGGUGGAAGACCCAAAGAAGCUGAAGGGAAAAUACAAGGAGAGUGGAGCCAUUGAGUUUACCUUUGAACUGGAAAAAGAGAGCUCGGAGGGCGUGGCCCUAGAGAUGGUGGAAUCAGGGUUCUUCCAUGAGAGUGAUGCUAAGAUCGUGGGGAAGUCGAUCCGGGACCGCGUAGCACUUAUUAAAUGGAGGCGGGAGAGGACUGUGUCGGCCCUACCCCCAGUGAACCAGGGAGAGGCAGGACUCGGGGCCCAGGCCACCCUAGCCCAGGGGACCUCUGCUGGGGCUACACAGGCAGGACAGCCCCCUUUGAUUGAGCCCAACGAGCCAGAAGCAGACCAGCACGCCAGGCUACGUAACCUUCCGGCCAGCGCAACCUCUGUCACAUCAGACAGUACCUUUGACAGCGGCCUGGGCUCCGCUGUGUUUUCUGACUCCCACAGCAGCCAGCACAAUGUCCUCUACCAGUCCCAAGUGGAGCCCAUCACCAUGGCAACGCAGCAGCGUCAGUGUUUGGCUUCAACACGUCCCCGAUCCUGUGAAAGGGGCGAGGGGUGGAAAGCAGCCCUGGGGCCAGAGUUCCGAGUGUGUGCAGGGACACGGAGAGGGAGUGCCUCGGUCAUUGACACUCUUAGGGGCAACAACGACAUCCCUCUUCAUAUGCCCCUGCAACCUAUUACCUCUGGGUCCUGCAGCCAACAGAGAGCUUCCAGUCCCUCCCCCACAUCACCAGACGACCAGUCAGAGAGCAGCCCCUCUGAGUCCCGCUCUGAGGCCGAGGACGGCUUCCCUUCCCCGAGUGCAUUUCCUGCCCCCCUCCUCCUGGCCCCCACAUACUCUGAGGCCCGACGUCAUAGUGACUCUUCUAUAGAAUCUCCGACAUUGGAAGCCACCAAUGGAAGUAGGUUGAAGUCUGUGUCAGUGGAGGCAGCAGUGGGGCGGAGGCACUCGGACCUUAGCACGCUGCACAGCCUAAACUCUGCCCUUCAACAUCAUCACCACCAAGGUGCACCCAGAAACCACCUGUGCCAAGCCUGCCUCUCUCUGCUGCUGAAGUCACGAGAAGGGGGGCACAAGAAGCACACUGCUUUUCCCUUUCCACCACACCCCUGUGCUUGCCCCCACCGGCACCACCACUUCUCCAGUGGGAUGACGACAACUGCAGGGUUAGGAGGGAUGAAAGGUCCAAGUCAUACAGGAAGUGACUUCUCUGACCUCUCCUUAUUACAAAAGAACCUGAUGAACAUCAUCAGCCGUAAAACCACCCCAUCCAACCAGGGCCAAGCCUCCCUCCUCCACCUGCAUAGUCUGAAGUUAACCCAGAGAGGCAGCUUCAGUGGUGACCACACAGCACCCCCUCUAGCCAGGCCCACACAGGACCACAAGGCCAGCUACUGUGCUGGGGAGCACCGAGCCACCGGGCCUCCGGGAGUGCCCAGUGCUGUGCAUGCAUUGCUCCAGAACCAGUCAUCUCUCCAGGGCCAGCCUGCCUCUGCCCCAGCCCUGCACACGCCCCUGCACUACCUCCAGCCUGGCCACAGCUAUCCCGUCAGUCCCCUGGCAGGCUACUCAGCUGCAGCUCUACAACACACCCCAGCCUCAGCAACUUACACAGCAUCAAACAUUCCUCUGCAACAUAACAAUACUGGACAUAGCUACCCAGGUCCAGCUCUGCAAAAGACAGCAACAGCAGCAAGUCAUUCAACUGCAAAUGUACCACUUCAACAGCCUGCAGCAAGCUUUUCAGCAGCUACCCUGCCCCUGCAACAGCCACACACUGCAGCAAGCUAUACUGCAGCAACUAUGCCAAUCCAACAGACACCAACUCCACAGAGCUACAGUGCCCCAACUCAGCAACAAAUGACUCAAACUGCUGCAAGCUACCCAGCUCCAAUUCUGCAACAGACCCCAACAGCAGCAAGCUUCUCAGCAGCAGUAGCCAUGCCUGUCCAACAUACUGUAUUGGCAGCUAGCAUAGGAACUGCAACAAUACCCUCACAACCAGCUGCACAGAGCUACCCAGCUCCAGUGGAGCAUCUGCAACAUCUCGCUCCCCCACAGAGCUAUGCAUCUGUAGCCCCAACUGUGGUCCACACUGUACCUAUACCCAGUCUCCCUACUCAGGAUCCCAGUGUCGCAACACAGCCUCUAGCUGCUGCUGUGCUUCCCCCAGUCCAGCCUUGCCCAGCGCCACACAGCCUCCCAGCCACAGCCAUGCCUCCCAGUCUGCAGCCAGGCCAGUCUAGUCCCAUGCAUCACAGCCAACAGACUGUGCCGGUCCCCAUUCAACAGCAACAUAGCCAGCCAAUGCCCCAGCCCUCAGCACAACACAGCCAACAGCCUGUUCAGGCCCCCAUUCAGCAGCACAACCAGCAAACUGUGCAGGUCCCCCUACCCAAACACAGCCAGACAAUGGCCCAGCCCACUGUCCAACAGGCUCCAGUCGUCCAGAGCUAUCAGUCACCUGCCCAUAAUGUGCAGCAAGGUUCAACCCUCCAGAGUUACCCCAACGCUGCACCCCUAAUGGGGCAACCGAACACUGCUUCACAGAGCUACACACCCACAGCCCCACACAUAAAACAACAGGCUGCACCGGUACAAGGCUACACGCCAACGAAACCCAGUGUGAUGGGUCAGGCCUGUCCAUCUGCUCCACAGCAGGCUGCAGCCCCUAAGACCUACCCAGUGGCCCCCAUAGUGCAACAACAGACUGGGACUGCCACUCCACAGCACAGCCAGGCCCAGGCAGCUACACUACCACUAGGCCAACAGAACCAACCCUAUGUCUUCAACGCAGUUUUCCUGAACCAGAAUUUUCCUGCUGCUCAAAGCCUUUCCCAGCACCACCAAUCAUCAUCUAGUCUGCCUUCCCAGGCCUCUGUCCCUCAGCAGCUGCAGCCACUGCAGAUCUCCACCUCUCUGCCACCAACACACCUUUCCCAGCAGGUCCAGCAGCAGGCCAAGGCCCAGCUUCCAGAUGCCAUCCCCUUUGCACAGCCUAAUCAGCCUUCCCAGCCUGCAGUUUUCUCCCCUCCAAUACAGACUGUGUCGGACCCUGGCACAGGUGCUGCCGCAACCCAGCUUGACCUCAACCAGAACCCCAGCCAAACCCAGUCCAAGCAUCAGCAUCAGGCCCAAGGCCAGAGCCAACCACAGGCUCCAGCUCCACUAUCCCCUGACUCCCAGACAGCAGCCCCUUGGACUGCCAGCACCAGCCUGACUCAGCAGAACCAGGCCGGUGAGAGCAGAUACUCAGGGACCACACUCACCUCGGGACAGGCUCAAACAGAGUCCAAUCUGGAGGAUCCUGGUGCAGAGAAGCAGGCUUCAGGGGCCAGCUACUCCUACGACAGUGUGAACUCCGACGCCACCUCAGGGAAGGAGAUGAGCGAUGGUAACGAGGGGACGCACGGAUCAGGGAAGGGCGAGCGGAAGGUCCGGAAACACCACCGCCGCUCCACGCGCACCCGCUCACGCCAGGACAAGAUCAACAAGCCCAAACUCAGCAUGCUCAAUGUGUGUUAUACAGGGGAUAAGAUGGUGGAGUGUCAGCUGGAGACACACAACCACAAGAUGGUUACCUUCAAGUUCGACCUGGAUGGAGACGCACCUGAGGAGAUAGCCACUUACAUGGUGGAGAAUGACUUCAUCCUGUUCCUGGAGAAGGAGAUGUUUAUAGAGCAGUUAAAGGAUAUUGUGGACAAGGCUGAGGACAUGCUGAGUGAGGACACAGAGGGGGAAAGGAUUUCUGACCACGUGGGCAGUCCCCAGCAGAGCCACGGAGCAGUCAUACUGGGGGGAGAGGGUACAAACACGGCUACACCUAAUUCACCACAACUUGUGUACCAGCAGAACGUCCUCCACACCGGGAAGCGCUGGUUCAUCAUCUGCCCCGUGGCCGAGACGCCCACGCCAGACAGAGAGAGGACUUCAUCAGACACCACUACAACCAAGGAGGCUCCUGUCACAUCAUUGUCUAGGUCCAGUUGCAGUACUACUCCGCCAGUGUCUGCCCCAACUCCUGUUCUUGCCCUGACCACCACACCCCCUACUCCAGGCCCCUCUGCACCUCAAAGCUCUGCCCAGUCUCAGGACACCAACGUAGGCAAGGCCAGAGUUCAGCAGCCCCAGGCCUCUGGAACCAAACCCUCCAGCACCAGUGCUACAACUGCUGCCAUGGGCCGCCACGACUCUCUUUCAGGCAGCGAACCCUGCAUCUCCAUGGUAACAGACAUCCCAUGCUGCCCCAUCGUCCCACCUGUGUCCCUGGAUGUGAAUGGGGCGGGACAUAAAGGGGUGAGUGGCACUUCAUGUCUACCCAAUCAAGAGGCCAGCCUGUCAGGAGAUCCGCCCCCUCCCCUGGACUCCCACCAGCCAGUGGUCCUGCAGCAGCCCUAUGCCAUGCCAAGCAUGGUGGGUGGAGGAGGUGGAGCCAGAACACCAUCACAGCCCCAGAGUCCCGCCCACCAGGCGUCCCAGCAGCAGGAUGGACCUGGGGGGUCUGGGAGUGGAGGUGGUUGUGGCCUGGGGGAGUCUGAUGGAGAGGGCCCGCCCAGGGUGGAGUUUGUGGACCGUACAAUCAAGACUCUGGAUGAGAAGCUGAGGAACCUGCUGUACCAGGAGUAUGCCCAAUCUGCUCCCUCCAGCACCGCCUCCGACCUCCAGGGCUCCAACACAGAGGGGAUCAGCUCUCCCCCUGUCUCUGACUGCCAGACCACCUCUGGGGGGGGGCUCUCCAGGAAGGGAGCGGUGCUGGUAAAGAUGCACUGUGUGUCUGUGUCCACCAGAUAUUCGGAUUGGGGCAGCAGCAGCGUUUUAUCUGAUGGAGGGCCUCAGAUUCCUGAGCGUACUGAUAGUUUGGGUACACUGAGUGACUCUGCAGGAUUGUUGAACAGGAGAGACUUUGUGGGCAGUUCCAGUUCCUAUGUCUCCAAGAGCCGCUUUCAGAUCAUCCCCACUCCUCCGGACGUCAUCCGUCGUUUAGAGAAGGGCAGAAGUCGCAGUGGUUCGGGGGGUUCUCGCGCCGCAGCCGAGGGGGGCAGCCCACGAGACCAGGGGUGUAUGGUCGUGGGUAGGUUCUCAGUGAUGACCGCUGAAGAGGGUGUGGAAAACGCCCCCAAACCCCCCUGUAGUAACCGCUACUCAGCCCCUCCAGACUUGUACCAGGACACCACCGCCUCUAGCCCCAUCGCCACCCCCAGCCUGCUCCCACGUGCCCACACUGCUGACGCUGCCACCAACCACUCCUUUCACUUCGACUCUGACUCGGGGGAGGAGGACACUAGCAGUUUAGCCCCUCCCCUUGCCCACCACAAGCCUCCGGCUCAUGCCCUCCCGGAACACAGCGGAAGUGUGCUCAUGAAGAGGGCGGUGGCCUUCCUGCGCCGCACUGGCCGCAGCAGUGUGCAGAGCUCUGAUUCGCCGAGCCGGCAAUCCGUGGUAGCGAAUGGCCACACCGUCCUGCCGCCUGGACCCGGCCAUGUAUCAUAUGUCAGCAGUGACAACGACUCUGAGUUUGAGGAUGCGGACAUGAGGAAGGAGCUGCAGAGGCUGAGGGAGAAACACAUGAAGGAGAUCUCUGAGCUGCAGGCGUUCCAGAGGAGUGAGAUAGAGCGUCUGUAUAAAGAGCUGGGGAAAGCCCUGCCGCCUGGUGUAGGCCUGUUGCACGCUGCUCCCCCUAGUGGCCGCAGACGCAAGGUCAGCAAACACAAGCUGAAGGCAGGCAAGUUGCUCAACCCCAUGGUGCAGCAGCUGAAAAACAACCUGAAUACCACCACCACCACCGGUGAGAGCGCACCGAGCUCGUCUGGCUCUCCAGCUAAGAGCUCCAUUGUGUCUGACGGUUCGGCCCGCUCCAGUGGCAGCAGCAGUACCAGUGGCACUCGGCCCGGCAAGGCCCCAGAGCCUGUCCAGACCCAGCAGCCCUGCUCUCUCAAGGGCUCGUUCUCUUCUGACAACAUCUACGGUGGAGGCAUGGCCACACACGUAGGCCCAGGGCAAGGCUGGACGGUAUACCACCAAACGUCAGAGAGAGUGACCUAUAAAUCUAGUAGCAAGCCACGUGCUAGAUUCCUCAGUGGACCCGUGUCUCUGUCCAUCUGGUCCACACUGAAACGACUAUGUCUAGGCAAAGAGCGCAGUAGUAGGUCUUCUCACGGCGCCAGUGCGACUCAGACGGCAUCCAAUCAGCAACAGCCAGAAGCUGUCCCCAAUCCUUUGCCAUCUCCUCAACCAAUGACGCUGCUAGCUCAGGCCCAGACAAACAACAGCAACAACAAGAAACCAGGUACUUUCACGGAUGACCUGCACAAGUUGGUAGAUGAUUGGACGAAGGAGACGCUGGCGGCCACACAGCCGCGGCCCUCUCUGAACCAGAUAAAACAGCAGAGACGCAUGCAGGACCUGGAGGGUCUAGCCGCGCCCCUGGGAGGAGCCACGCAGGAGGUGAGAUGUCCCAUCCCUCCAAAUAAGUUCCAGCUGCCUUUGUCGUGCCCGCUGACAGCUGCUUUAGGCCCAGCCAUGCCCACUGCCCUGAGCACCAACCCCUCUGCCAUGCUCCAGCCCGGGUACAUGGUACCAGCAGGCCCCUACGGAGGGGUGGUGCCCGGCCCCCUAUACCCCCAGCAGUGGUCUGGUAUGCCCAGCCCUGUGGGGAUGAUUGGGGCAGCGGGAGGGAUGCCCUACCCCACCAUGGCCAACCCAGGGGUGCAGGCCUACCCCCUGACCCUGCACAGCCCUGAGAACGUCCCCAACACCAGGAUUAUCUAAAGUGACAACUAGCACCUCCCUGCACCCACUAAACCCCUAUCUUACCCCAUCGCCCCUGAUGUUCAAUAGACUGCCCCCAGAUGUUCCCCUCUAUCCCAGCACACUCACAUCAGGACUGCCUGACUAACACGUUUUAACUAAUCCUGUGUUGCUAUCCUAACUCCACUCUGUCCCCCCUGGUUCUCACUCCAGGGUUACAAUUGUAAAAUAGAGUAAAGUAGGGCCCACACAAUUAAAUGCUCCAACAAAUGGCUUAUGGGUCAUUCCACCUCAAAGCACAAGAAAGAUGAUUUCGACACCCACCAUCUGAUUGUGCUGAAAUAUUUUCUGUAGUUAGAAACCUGAUAUUAGCAUUCCUGAAAAUGUUUUUUGAGAUAUAAUUUGAUCUCUGAGAAAUUAAGCUAAUGUGCCAUUUUAAAUGUAUAUGAUUCAUAUAAUCUUCAAUAAAAAAUAGUACCUAACAUCCGAUUUGGACCAUAAUUCUUCAUGAGAAUUAGUAAGACGUGGUAUACAAUAAAAUGAUCAAAAGCCACCCACGGACUCUUGUGAAUCUGGUGACAGUUUUUUUCCCCUUUUCACAGAAAUUUGCCUUUUGAAGUCUCUUGCAUUAUUUGAAUUUUAUAUUCCUUUUUUUUACAUUUAACCUUUACUUAAUGAGGCAAGUCAGUUAAGAACAAAAUCUUAUUUACAUUGACGGCCUAAAGGGGAACAGUGGGUUAACUGCCUUGUUCAGACCAACAGAUUUUUACCUCGUCAGCUCGGGGAUCCUUUCGGUUACUGGCCCAACGCUAUAACCACUAGGUUACCUGCCGCCCCAUUUACCAUCGAUUUAGUGUGAAAGUACUCUGUUUUUCCCACUAGAUGCCACUGUUUCUGCUACUGCCACACCCUUUAAUCAAUUUUGCUGGUCUCUUGUCUUUUAUUAAAUGGGAUAACAACAUUUUCUUUGUAACUUUUUGUAGAAAACCAAUAGCUUUUGCUCAUGAUGAAAAUAAAUUGCAUGGAAAUCCUCACAAUUCAAGCAAAGUCCUCCAUUAAUGUAAUUGUUUGUCCUUCUCUUAAUCUGUGUCCAGGAAACAGCCCGUCUGUGUGGUUUAUUCCGUUAAAAAAAACGUUUAAGAUUAGUUAGGUCAUUCCGGUUGAACAAGCAAAUCAUUAGGCUACAGCGGUUCUAAUGGUUUCAAUGUCAUGGUCUCGAAUGGUCUUUAAUGGUGAAAGUCCUAAACAUAGUGUUUUGCAAUUGUAUGGUGUUGGGUUGUAAUGGUAAAUGUCACUUAUCACACUACAUAGAGAUGUUUUCUAAAAGUAUUAUUUUUUAACAUACAAGUGCAAUGGUUUAAUAUUUUAUUAGGAUUGUCACAUUUGCAUCACCAGACAGUUUCUCAAGUUUUGGGCUUGUAGGAAAAGUCUUCAUAUUGCACCAUAAGGACAGGCCUCUCAGGGGGCUGCCAUUUGUUGGACUAUUCAAGAAGAGUUAUAGGUUGAAGCAUUAGGUUUCUAAGAGAAGGACAAACUGAAUUGCUUUCAUGGAGGACUGGCUUGAAGGAUGACCACACAAUCUAUUUUCAUCAUGAGCUGUUUUUGUUCUACCCAAAGUUGCAAAAGAAAAUGUUGUGAUCCAUUUAAUAAACACGAGAAACCAGCAAAAUUGAUAAAGGGUAUGGCAGUAGCAAGAACAGCGGCAUCUAGUGGGAAAAUGCUGGUACUUUCACAAUUUGUGGUAAGUAAUACAAGCUACUUCAAUGGCUAAUUUCUCUGAACAGAUUCACAAGGAAUACAUUACAUGGGAUGAAGAAGCAACAUACUACUUGUCAGACAUUGGUGUGGGGGGGGGUCUGUGGGUGACCAUGUUAUUGGAUUCUUCAUGUCUUACUCAAUGAUAGUUAGAAGUUUGGUCCAAAUCGGAUGUUGGGUACUAUAUGUAUUGAAUAUUACGUGAAUCCUAUUAAUUUAAAAAGGGCUAAUUUGCUUAAUUUCGCAGAGAUAAUUUUUUAUUAACAAAAUAGUGUUGCGGGUAUGCUGAUCUUAUCGGUUUCUAACUAUAGAACGUAUUUCAGAACAAUCUGGGAUGGUAGGUGUCAUGGCUUGCUGAAAUGACAUGGAACGACUCUUAUGUGUUGGAGCAUCUGGUCCCUACUUGACUGUACUACUCACCCCCUCCAGUGUUUCUAUAUGCAGGAUAAUCCUGCUCCACUCUUCUCAGAUUGUGGUUUGAUGCUUUAUUAAAGAGCAACACACGUGUAAAUAGCCUGUGAGCUUGUAAAUAUCCAGUGUGUGUGUCAAUAUACUUUAUACAGCACCGGGAGUUUUCCUGUGUGUAUGUAUACGUGUGUACAGUAUAAAUGUUCUGUGUGUGUCUGAGUACCUACUGCUUUUAGCUUUGGUCUUGUCUAAACUCACAGCCAUACUUUAUAAUAUCAGCGGUCACAAAUGUGAUGUUUUCACCAAAUCCGUCAUAAACGAUAAGUAGUCAUGUUUUCAGAUAGAUUUUUGUUUACUAAUGUUUUGUCAACCUUAAAACACUACAUUAGAAAUCAAAAUUCAAUGGUUUAAGAUGAUAGGGUUAGGAGACCUGUAUUUUAAAGUGAAGUUCUCUGAAGGAGUGUAGUGCCUUGAACAUUGAUUUUUCUGUCCGCAUUUUCUUUCCGCAACCAAGAGAUUUUAUUUCGCGGUGGCUUUGUGUCUUAUUUUUAUUUUUUUCUUGGUUUACAAUUGAAUGCCCUUGUAGCACUGCACUAUUAACACAGUAUAUGCUUUUAUUCAAGUAAUAAAAUCAUGUUUUUAAUCUUUGUUUGCUCCCCACCCCUGUGACAUUUAGAACGCCAUAGAGGUGAAAUGUACAGUUGCCCUGUGGGAACAGACAGUUGAUGUACAAUUUUUAAAAGUCAAAGCUCUCUCAUUGGGCAGUGGGUAGUGUCCUAGGCAUAGUUAGAAUUCUUAGAAUUAGCGUUCCCCAGUGGGUGGACCAAUUUAAUUUUCAUUCUAUAUUUAUAGAAUGAGGGGAACCCGUAGUGUCCAGCUCAGAAUGUAGCAGAGGCAGGUUUGCCGAGCAAGACUUAGUGCAAUUUCACCUAUCCACCUAGCUUUCGUAGCGGCCUUCCCACAAGCCUUACCCAGGAACCUGCAACAGGAGCUAGUUUCUUUUGUUGCCGUUUAGUUGAACCUAAGUUACAAAUCACAUUGAAAAUGAUAACAGCAGUUACAACUGCUAAAUAUUUUCUGUUGGGGCAAGAACAUGGUUCUCCUUUUAUUAGGCACAUUAUGGGAUUUCUUUAGUGCAAUCACCAGUUAUUAUUUACUUGUCUAAAUUAUUGCCAUUGUUUUAUGUUUCUAAGCUUGAUUUUGAUGCUGCUAGUGUGUCUGAGGUGGAUCCACUGAUGUGUGUUUUAUCUGCACACAUGAUGAUACAGUGGAGUCCCUCCAGUAAUAAAACCUUUGUCAGAGGGUGAGUUGUUUUCUCAAUGAGAUUAUGUUCAUGUCAAGCAGUGUUAUUAUAUUGCCUUGUUGAAAUGAAUAAAUGAUGUAUCAUUUCCUAGGUGGUUAUUGAUGAUAGCCUUGCUUUUCUGUAUUGUUUUGAGUGUUUGAUUUCUCUGUUCAGAAUUAAGCAUGUAAACUCCAGAUGGAUACUUGAUUUGCACAACAUGCCCAGUGCUUUAACUAUAGCCUAUAAUAUCAGUUCCAACACACCUAUACACCUUCCCGCCCCUUAUCCUCCUGACCACUGAAGAGCAUGUCUGUUAUUUUCCAUACAGCCGUGAUUAUCAUUACUAUACAGCCAUUUAGAAAUGUCACAGCCACCACCACCACACCAGUGAAAGGUUGCAGCACCCCAGUCCUGCCAAGCUGUGAAUUGUACAGUUUUCCUGUCAUUAAUAUAUUUUGUUUAACUGUUCUGGGAUUUCACGUCGGUGUAUAUUAUUCCAUCAAUUCGGUUUGAAUUGAACUUUUUAUAGGAUAUAAUGCAGAGUUGUCUGCUUUGGUGAAAUACUUGCAGUAGUAAGAGAUUUCUGUUCUCUGUUACUCGUUGUAUCUGACUUACUGCUUACUGACUUACUGCUUACUGCUACACCUCCCUGUCUGUUACACUUAGUGAGCAGAUCCAUAGAAACUGAUCGUAAAGAGCAGAUGUGGUUCUCUGAGGAAUAGAGAAUAAUGCAUGUUCUGAUCAUUGCAUUUCUAUCAGUUCUGAGUAACAUUGUCUCAUUGAAUAUGCCUGUAAUUGUGGAAGGCUUGCACUAAAGCUCUGUGUCGGAUUGCUUCUGCCUGCUAUGUAUCACUAGAUUACCUUACCAACCCAGUCAGCGCACUCAUCGCAGACUGUACAUGUUUAAAGAGAAAUAAACAUUAUUUUGUGCUUGA